UGGACGAGAGGCUCUGUGAACGUGUUCCUCUUCCUCCCGUUAGGAUCAGCUGACAGACCGAGGCUGUGCAGAUAUGAGCGACGUGGCGGAGGAAGCGAUGGACAGCUCUGCAGUGUCCGACGAAGAGGUGGAGGAGAAAAGAAAACCGUCACAGAAAGAGCAGUCGAGUCCCAACAAAAGCCUCUCCAAAACAUCUGCUGCAGGUGAAAUCCUCGAGGGCAAGCGGGCGAAGAAGACGGUCGUCAGGCUCGAUUUCCAGGCGCCGAAACAAAAGGAGAAGCUGAAGAUCGGAGAUGGUAGUGGAGAUAAAUUAGGAGACAUUCCUCGCACCGGCUACCAGAUCUCCAAGAUGAAGCCAGCUGACCUGAAACCUCUGCACAUCAUCCUGUUCGACAGACCGGGAAAGAUGGCCACAUUAAAGAAGAACCUGCGACUGUUUAACGGCUUUCCCUUCGACGCGGACAGCGAACAGUACGCCAAAAAACGAGAAAAACUUCUCAAGAACUCACAUUUUACCAACUCCAUACUGAAAGUGGUCUGUGGUGUUUUGGAUCUAGAGAAGAAGGGAACCCAGUCAGAUCUGGUCGACAGGAUCAUGAAUUUCCUCAUCGCACCGAAGAACAGCGGGAAGCGUCUGCCUGUGAAGAAAAAGAGGAAAUCCAAGAAGAAACUGUCGGGCGACAACUCGACGGCCAAGACCAAGAAGAAGAGCAAACCCAAACCCCGGAGCACGUCGUCCAGUCCCAAGAAGUCCAAAACGGGAAGCAAAUCCAAAGCCAUCGUCAUGGACUCCAGCAGCGACGAAGACGACGACGAGGAAGACGAGAAGGCGGUGGCGUCGGCUGAGGCUGAGGGAUCAGAGACAGAGGACAAACCGUCAGAGAAAGAGGAGGAGCGCUCUGACAAAUCAAAGGAGUCUGCAGAGGAAGAGGAGGAUAAGGAGGAUGAGGAGGAGGAGGAGGAGGAGGAGGAGGAUGAUGAUGAUGAU